AUGAAUGUUCCUCUUUACCUUCUUCUGACCUUUGCUCACUUGGUUCUCGCCGCCGCCGCCGUAGCACAGUACGUCUCUUUGGAGCGCCAACUUCUGGAGGAGGGGAUCAGUUCGGGACGCAGGACUUGCAGGCUCUACUGUAGGGUUGGCAUCGGUUUCCAUCUCCAGAUUCAUCCCGAUGGCAGAGUCAACGGCAGCCAUGAACCCAACCAGCUGAGUGUCCUGGAGCUCUUUGCGGUUUCUCAGGGGGUCAUAGGCAUCAAAGGGGUCUACAGUAACAGAUUCCUGGCCAUGAAUAAAAGAGGACGGCUACACGCCACCGAAUUGUUUACAGACGACUGUAAGUUCAGGGAGCGUUUCCAGGAGAACAGCUACAACACCUACGCUUCAGUAAUCCACAGGAACCACAGGACUGGUCGCGAGUGGUUCGUGGCCCUCAACAAGAGAGGCAAAGCUAAGAUGGGUUCGAGCCCGCGGGUCAAAUCCCAGCACGUCUCCACUCACUUCCUGCCCAGAGUCAACCUGCACGACAAAGGCGAGCGUGGCUUCACCAUCACAGACAGGAGUAAAGAGAGGCGGAAAACCCCUCAACCGCUGCCGCCGCCGCCUCCCAGACCUUCCCUGGUGAAAGCUAACGUUCAUGUGGGCCCAACGCCGAGACGUUCGCAAGUCAAGUACUGGCCCAAGUACCGGUUUGGAUAG